AUGGAAAGAAAGUUGUCAAAAAAUCCAGAAUUGAAGGAAGAUUAUAAGAAAUUUAUGCAACAAUACGAAAAAUUAGAUCACAUGGAGCCAUCGACCAGCAAGCCAACUGAAGGUUAUUAUUUUCCUCAUCACGCCGUUCUAAAAAAUACGAUUUUGGGUAUGAUUUUGAGAGUGGUAUUCGACGGAUCAUGCGCAACAAAAACAGGCAUUUCACUUAACGAAGCAUUGAUGAUAGGGCCUACCAUUCAAGUGGGAGUAUUUACAUUGCUGAUACGAUUUCGUCAAUAUCCGAUUGCCUUAACAGCGGACAUCGAGAAGAUGUAUAGGCAAUUCCUUAUACAUCCAGAAGAUCGCAAGUCCAAAAAAAUACUCUGGCGAGAUGAUGAAACAAUACGUUGUCUCAAGCAACUGGCGGAGGAUGAGAGGAAUCGGUAUCCAAGGGCUGCCGAGGUUCUGGAGAAUGAUUUCUACGUUGACGACUUGAUCACCGGAGCUGAAACAGACGAAGAAUGCAAGGGAUUGAAGGAUGAACUCACUGAAUUGACUAGGCGAGCUGGACUGAAUCUCUGCAAAUGGCGAUCAAAUAGCUUAGAGAUAACACAGGAUCCACAAAAUGGGAAUACAUUGCUUGAAUUGGACUCUCAGAUUGCAAAGUUGUACGAUCCUUGUGGGUUGAUCGCUCCAGUUGUAGUAUUUGCAAAAAUACUCAUGCAGGAUUUGUGGAAAGAAAAGUCAUCUUGGGACGAUCCAGUUCCACUACAUAUCUUGAAAUUAUUCGAACAAUUUAGGAGUCAACUGUCAAUCAUAAAUAAUUGGAGAAUAUCAAGGUCAUUUAGAGAAGAAUCAAUGAAAGUCGUUCAAUUGCAUGGUUUCGCGGAUGCAAGCGAGAAAGCUUAUGGUGCAUGCAUCUACAUCAGAGCUUCGAAUGGAGAAAAAUACAAAGUUACAUUAUUAUGCGCAAAAUCCAGAGUAGCCCCUGUGAAAACUGUAACUUUGAUAAGACUCGAACUCUGUGCAGCACUCUUGCUUGCAAAGCUGGUGAAAAUAGUACUAGAUGCAUUGAAGAUCGAAGAGGAACAAGUGCGACUUUGGACAGACUCGAUGAUAACAUUAAAUUGGAUACACUCGUCACCACACAGAUUUGGAACCUUUGUAGCAAAUAGAAUCGCUGAGAUUCAAACCUUGACCUCAACGACCUCAUGGGGACACGUAAUUUCAGAAGAAAAUCCCGCUGAUUAUGUGUCUCGUGGACAACUGCCUCGAGAUUUCGUCACCAAUGAAUCAUGGAUGUUUGGUCCAAGUUGGCUUCGGGAAUCAGAGGAUCAUUGGCCUGUUUUUCGAAGUACCAUUGUGGAGUUGCCGGAACAAAAAAAGACUGUAACAUUGACUGGAUCUCUUAAGGAAAAAUUCAAUCUUUGGAAUCGUUUUUCUUCUCUAAAAAAGUUAAUUCAUGUCGUAGCUUAUUGUUUGCGUUUUAGAUCAAGGAUGCGUGGUCCAGCUGAAUUUCCGGAAUUGUUGACAACAAGCGAGAUUCAAGCAGCAUUCACGAGACUUCUUUUCCUAGCUCAAAGAGAAGAAUUUUCUGAUGAAGUUCAAUCACUAAAAAAAGGAACAAACUUAUCGAGCCGAUCAAAAUUGCUGAAACUCAACCCGAUUAUGGAAGAUAAUUUAUUGAAGGUAGGAGGAAGAAUAAAAAACGCUGAAAUAUCAUCUAAACAGCAGCAUCCGAUUUUGUUGCCGAAAAAUCAUCCGUUGACUGAUUUAAUUACCCGUGAUACUCACGAGAAGAACCUGCAUCCAGGCAUCAGUGGAACUCUCUACGCGUUGAGAAUGUCGUUUUGGCCUAUUGACGGUAGAUUGACUGUAAAAAAAAUUAUUAAUAAAUGUAUAAAAUGUUUUAGAAUAAAACCAAAGGAAUCUUCGUAUGUUAUGGGUGACUUGCCGAGUGUGCGUGUAACAGCUUCAAGGCCGUUUGAAAAUGUUGGAGUUGAUUACUGCGGCCCCUUUUUUGUAAAAGAAAAGCGUUUUCGAAACAGAAAUAAAAUAAAAGUAUACGCAGCAGUAUUCGUGUGCCUUAGUACGAAGGCAGUUCACAUAGAGUUGGUGGGGGAUUUGUCUACAGAAUUGUUUUUGGCUUUUUUGCGUCGAUUCUUCGCACGUCGAGGUAAAAGUAAAAGAUUAUAUUCUGAUAACGGAACGAACUUUGUGGGCGCAAAGAAUGAAUUGAAUGAAAUUUAUAAUUUGUUAAAUUCGAGCGAACACAAUCGAGUUAUUAGUCACGCAAUGAAUGAUCAAAAUAUCGAAUGGCAUUUCUCCCCUCCAAGGACUCCACAUUUCGGUGAGAUUUGGGAGGCAGCGGUGAAGUCUCUUAAGCACCACUUGCGACGAACUAUUGGUGAGACACUUCUUACAUACGAGGAAUUAAAUUCUUAUUUAUGUGAAAUUGAAAGUAUUUUAAAUUCAAGGCCACUGACACCAAUGUCAAUGGAUCCAAAUGAUUUACGCGUUUUAACACCGGGAUUCAUUGGAGACCCCCGAGUAACAAGUUUCCGGCAAAUAUGA